AUGGCCUCGCCCUCUGAGGUGGUGAGAUACGGCACGAGACCCUCGAUGACAAUAAUGGUUGGCCGGUCAUUUUGGAGGGAUUGUAUAAAGGCCGAAUCGAGGGCAGAGCCCGCCAUGAGGCUGUAUUGGUUGGCCCUCGACGGUUCUGGCAUGAACUCCCGCCGUAAAUCUACAACAUCUGGGAGAUCGACGUCAAUCCAACGAACGCUGUCGCCCCAUGAAAUCCGCAACAAGGGAACCAACUUGAAGUCUAUCGAAGUCGUAAUCGAUCUGCUCGACGACAGCUGCUGCCAAGCUGUCACCUAGAAGUUGUCGAGCCUUUAGAGUGACGAAAAGCGUCUGUUCCGUGCUGCUUAGCUUGUCGGGCUGCAUGGCGGAAUCUUGAAGUUUUGUCUUGGCGGCAAUGAUGUUUGGUCGAUACGAAGCCUGAGCAUCUGGAAGGAAAUCAGCGGGG